GACAUUUUCUCUCGCGUCGCGAUUCUCCAAGGGACCAAAGUCAAGACUCCCGUCAGACGGCACCUCUCAACCGCUCAUUAAAGUCCCGGUUGAUAUAUUCUAGACAUGGGGGCGUAUUUGAAACCUGCUUCCUGAAUGUAUCGCCCACGACUUGUGAGCCAUGGCCUGCGAAGGCUCCCACAGGCCCCCCGGCUGGGGAUAAGAGCAAGAGGCAUCGUCACCGACGCAGACGCCGACAAGGCGAGGAACUACUGCCUGUCGCACGUGAAACAAGGCGACUAUGACGGCUACCUCAUCCAACGCUUCGUCCCCUCCCGCGUCCGAGACACCUACCUCGCCCUCCGCGCCCUCAACCUCGAACUCGUCCGUCUCCCCGACAUCGUCUCCAACCCGACCAUAGGCCACAUGCGCAUGCAGUUCUGGCGCGAAUCCAUCGACAAGACCUUCGCCGGCGCCCCGCCCUCCGAACCCAUCUGCAUCCUCCUCCACCAAGCCCUCGAAGGGCUCCGCGCCCGCAGCCCCUCCGGCGCCACCGCCUCCUCCGUCAAGUUCUGGAUCCAGCGCUUCAUCAAGACCAGGCAGCGCCACAUGGACAACCGCCCCUUCGCCUCCCUCGCCAGCCUGGAGGACUACGGCGAGCAGACCUACGCGACCCUCAUGUACGCCACCCUGGCCGCCCUGCCCAUCAACUCCAUGCACAUGGACCACCUGGCCAGCCACGUCGGCAAGGCCCACGGCAUCGUCGCCGUCCUGCGCGGCAUCCCCGUCCUCGCCGCCCCGCAACAGGCCGUCCGAUCCCCCGACGGUGCCACCCAGGUCGGCCGCGGCAGGGACCCCGUCCUCCUCCUCCCGCUGGACGUCAUGGCCGACGCGAACGUCCGGGAGGAGGACGUGUUCCGACAGGGUCCCGGCGCGGAAGGGUUCCAGGACGCCGUCUUCACCGUCGCCACGCGGGCCAACGAUCACCUCAUCACCGCCCGGGACAUGUUGAAGAAGCUGAAAGCCGGGGAGGGCCCGGGACACGACUUCGAGCACCAGGCCGAGGCGGGUCACGUCUACGACCACGAAACCGACGUUGCGCGGGAUAUACGGCGCGGGUUUGGGCUACUGUUGGAAGCUGUCCCUGCCCAGGAGUAUCUCGCUAAUCUGGAGGGCUGUAAUUUCAACCCUUUUGCCGUCAGGCCGGGUUGGAAGCUCCCGUGGCGGAUAUGGCAGGCAUUGAGGAAGGAGCAGAUAUAAAGGCGACGACCACUUGAUCGCCCGGUACACUCGUUUACGGCCGGAGGCUUGAAGAUCCGGGCAAAGUCUUUCGGUUGAAGAUUAGGUUGCAUUGGCGCCAUCUCUUUGGACCCCCAAGGGACCGAUAUCCCUUGAGAUGUAAAAUAUCGACCACAAGCUCACGAAUAACCUCACAUACCUGGUUCAAUAAACUUCGGGGUUUACGCUCCAAAUUUCCAAUGCAUGUUGUGUAUGCUUCGAGCAAAGUAUAAACUCUUCACACUAUAUAUCCCAAGUCAUGCCGGUUUCCGAUGAUGCACCCGUGCUCACCCCCGAUUCCCCGACAUCAUCCCCCCCACCGCGCAUCUCUUCAGCCACAGCCUCCUGCCACCCCUCACCGCCCGUCCUCAUGACAUGAUGAGGAUUCAGACGAGCCCGAAAAUGGCUUUCGCGCCUCAAGGCCGACAGCCCCUCUCCGGCAGACAAGGCCACCCUCGUGCGUCUCGUCUUCUUUCC